AUGACAAGGGCAGCUGGCCCCUACGAAGAGCCCACCAUGGAUGCCCACCCAGAGGGAGACGCCGACCCUUCCAGUCCCUACCUCCUGCCCCCAGGAGCGCUGGACAGCCGCAGUCUGAGCAAAGAGGGCCCCGAGGAGAGAGUGGCCACGGCCCCCCCGAAUCCCACGCCGUCGGGGCAGGAGCUUGGCGAGCUGGAGCCAGAAGGGACAGUGCCCUCCGCGCAUGGUGACGCCCCAGCCCUGUCACCGCUGCUCCCAGAGGAGGCCUACAUCACACAUGCCCUGUCCCCCAGGAGGAAGCUGCCCUCCCUGCGGCAGGGGAACUCGGCCAGGAAGCAGCUGAGGCCGAAGGCCCCCUCUGCAGCUGGCGUCCAGGGGCCGGGCGCCCCGCUGGCAUCCUCUGGCCCGGGUCUCCUCACCUCUUCCACUGAGAAGCCCCAGCCCCCGGGGGACCCGGACCCCGCGGUGGCCUCUGAGGAGGCGUCCAUGGGGCCCCUCUGGCUAGACCGGAAGGAGGGUGCGGUCCCCACGACGCCUGCACCCCUGCAGAUCUCACCCUUCACCGCGCAGCCCUAUGUGGCCCACACGCUCCCCCAGAGGCCGGACCCCGGGGAGUCUGCAGAGCCUGGCAAGGCCCACGAGGCCCCUGCAGAGGAUGUCGGCCCCAUGGCCCUGACGGACAAAGGCGAGAGCGAGCUGACCGGGUCAGCCUCAGAGGAGAGCCAGGAGACCACCACAUCCACUAUCGUCACCACCACGGUCAUCACCACUGAGCAGGCUCCAGCUCUCUGCAGUGUGAGCUUCUGACCCCAGGGCUACAUUGACUCCGGCGACUACCCGCCACUGCCCUUCAGCAGUUUCCUGGAGUGCACGUACAACGUGACCGUCUACACGGGCUAUGGCGUGGAGCUCCAGGUGAAGAGCGUGAACUUGUCCGAGGGGGAAUUGCUCUCCAUCCGCGGUGUGGAUGGCCCCACCCUGACCGUCCUGGCCAACCAGACGCUCCUGGUGGAGGGGCAGGUGAUCCGGAGCCCCACCAACACCAUCUCCGUCUACUUCCGGACCUUCCAGGAUGACGGCCUGGGAACCUUCCAGCUGCACUACCAAGCCUUCAUGCUGAGCUGCAAUUUUCCCCGCCGGCCCGACUCUGGGGACGUCACAGUGAUGGACCUGCACUCAGGUGGGGUGGCCCUCUUCCACUGCCACCUGGGCUACGAGCUUCAGGGUGCCAAGACACUGACAUGCAUCAAUGCCUCCAAGCCCCACUGGAGCAGCCAGGAACCCAUCUGCUCAGCCCCUUGUGGAGGGACCGUGCAUAAUGCCACCAUUGGCCGCGUCCUCUCGCCAAGUUAUCCUGGAAGUGCCAAUGGGAGCCAGCUCUGUGUCUGGACGAUCGAAGCUCCCGAGGGCCAGAAGUUGCACCUGCACUUUGAGAGGCUGUCGCUGCAUGAGAAGGACAGGAUGACGGUCCACAGUGGACAGACCAACAGGUCAGCUCUUCUCUACGACUCCCGCCGAGCCGAGAGCGUCCCCUUCGAGGGCCUUCUGAGUGAAGGCAGCACCAUCCGCAUCGAGUUCACGUCUGAGCAGGCCCGGGUGGCCUCCACCUUCAACAUUCGAUUUGAAGCCUUCGAGAAAGGCCACUGCUAUGAGCCCUACAUCCAGAACGGGAACUUCACCACAUCCGACCCCACCUACAACAUCGGGACCAUCGUGGAGUUCACCUGCGACCCCGGCCACUCUCUGGAGCAGGGACCGGCCAUCAUUGAGUGCAUCAAUGUGCGGGACCCCUACUGGAAUGACACGGAGCCCCUGUGCAGAGCCAUGUGUGGUGGGGAGCUCUCUGCGGUGGCCGGGGUGGUGCUGUCCCCAAACUGGCCAGAGCCCUAUGUGGAAGGUGAAGAUUGUAUCUGGAAGAUCCAUGUGGGGGAAGAGAAACGGAUCUUCCUAGACAUCCAGUUCCUGAACUUGAGCAGUAGCGACAUCUUGACCAUCUACGAUGGCGACGAGACCACACCCCACGUCCUGGGGCAGUACCUGGGGAACAGCGGCCCCCAGAAGCUAUACUCCUCCACGCCAGACCUGACCAUCCAGUUCCACUCUGACCCGGCCGGCCUCAUCUUUGGCAAGGGCCAGGGAUUCAUCAUGAACUACAUAGAGGUGUCAAGGAAUGACUCCUGCUCAGAUUUGCCCGAGAUCCAGAAUGGCUGGAAAACCACUUCUCACACGGAGCUUGUGAGGGGGGCCAGAAUCACCUACCAGUGUGACCCCGGCUAUGACAUCGUAGGGAGCGACACCCUCACCUGCCAGUGGGACCUCAGCUGGAGCAGCGACCCCCCAUUUUGUGAGAAAAUCAUGUACUGCACCGACCCGGGAGAGGUGGAGCACUCCACCCGCCUGAUUUCGGACCCUGUGCUGCUGGUGGGGACCACCAUCCAAUACACCUGCAACCCCGGUUUUGUGCUCGAGGGGAGCUCUCUUCUGACCUGCUACAGUCGCGAAACGGGCACUCCCAUCUGGACGUCUCGGCUCCCCCACUGUGUUUCGGAGGAGUCACUGGCAUGUGACAACCCAGGGCUGCCUGAAAACGGAUACCAAAUCCUGUACAAGCGACUGUACCUGCCAGGGGAGUCCCUCACCUUCAUGUGCUACGAAGGCUUCGAGCUCAUGGGCGAAGUGACCAUCCGCUGCAUACUGGGACAGCCAUCUCACUGGAACGGGCCGCUGCCCAUGUGCAAAGUUAAUCAAGACAGUUUUGAACAUGCUUUAGAAGCAGAAGCGGCAGCAGAGACGUCACUGGAAGGAGGGAACAUGGCCCUGGCGAUCUUCAUCCCGGUACUCAUCAUCUCCUUGCUGCUGGGAGGAGCCUACAUUUACAUCACAAGAUGUCGUUACUACUCCAACCUCCGCCUGCCUCUGAUGUACUCCCACCCCUACAGCCAAAUCACCGUGGAAACUGAGUUUGACAACCCCAUUUAUGAGACAGGGGAAACCAGAGAGUAUGAGGUCUCUAUCUAGGAGAACUACGCUUUGGAAUGGGACUUACAGACAUGAACUCAACCUCAAUCUCCUCGAGACAUUCAUCCAGAGACCAUGUGACAUUUGACGGAAACCCCAGUGUCAAUUGUCUUUUCUUUAGACUCUUGAUUGAAGAUUUACUGUUUUCUUCACUGUAUUUAUUAUAUUUAAAAGUGAAAUAGGUGUGGUUGGAUGUAUUGCACCCACAGCUAUAUUCAUAUCACAGCCUCGAUUCUGAAGGCAGGUGGAAGACUUGCAAAAUGGCAGACAGCAGCAGAAACAAACAAAAGCAAAAGACAACAGCAGAUAGAGUUUCUCCCAUCAGCAAUGCCAUCCGAAGGCUGUAACAGAUUGCCUGCAUCUCUGGGAUCCAUGCCCGUGGUGUUUUUAGUACAAAUCUAAGUCCCAAGAUUAGGUUGGAAAGAGUAUUUCGUGUUGGUUUAGCUUGGGUUAGAAUUGAGCAUGGGUACUGAAACCAAUUUUUGGAGAUCUAUUCCAAAACAAAUUCUGUGUCCUCUCUUCCAACUUUACUAGCCUCUAAAAGGUUCUUCCAAAUCUUCCUCCCUCUCAUGACCCUUCUGAAGGCAGCAAAGGUGUGACAUAAAUGUUGUCUUUUAUCACCCUGGCCUCACUGGACAUUGACAAAAUAAUUACAUGUUUUCUUUCUAAAAUGGUGAUAAAUGAUCAAAGGAAAUUUUUCAGAGAAAAUUAGAGAUUUGAGAGUUCCAAUGAAGAAUUGGAUGAGAGAGGACAUUGGGUGAGGGAACUGAGUUAAUAAAACGCUCUUUUCCUUGACAUUCCUUCAAAAAUGAAAAAACAGGUAAUUGAUGCUGCAAGAGCCAGAGUCGAUCACAGCAGGCCACCUACAAGCUGUGAUAAUAAAUCCAUAAGCUCCACUCAUGUCAUUACAAGGGUUUUUGAUGGGAGCAGGGAGCUGGAGGCAUUUUCUGUAAUUCAUGGGUGAGCUCUGUUUUUUCUCCUGCAGUUUUGGGAAGUCUUAGCCCCCAAAAUAGGGGAGACUCAAGUGUCCCGUUUCUCUAAAUGGUAUCACCUUCAGAAUAUACUUGCUAUCAAGUAUUUCAGGGGGAGCGAGUGUCCUGUGAGAAGAAACUACUUUUCGGUUCUCUGAAGCUCUGAAUGUUGAGUGGUGGCAGAAAUGCAGACUGCGGAGGUAUAGAAAACAGGGGAAGGGGAUUAAAACCACAGCAAACCAUGCAACUAUCCACAUCCUCCGAUCUGAACAUCAGUGAGGACAGAAGGAGCAAUUUCAGGCCAGAGAGGAAUUCAUAACACCACAUCUAAUCACAUGGGCGCCUUUCCAUUUCACCAGGGUCUUUUUGCCUCAACCCAGUGAAACUGGUGAGUGCGUGACUCUUUGGAAGAUUUUGUUUCUAAAUAGAGAUAUAAAGAAAAGGCAGAGGUGAGGAUGCAGGGAAGGAAUGGUAUGUGUGAAGUGGAUUUACCUGGGACUGGUGAUGUGUGAAGACAGCCGAUGGCACACAGGCUCAGUGGCAUUAGGAGCCCUCUCUGACACCCUUUCGUUAAUACUCUCUAGAAUUAUUUUAAAUCUGCUGGUUUUCAAAUCUUCCUGGCUGCCAUGCUGUAGAGAUAAUGGCAAGGAGUUCCCAUUUAGGUGGUGGUUUUGGAAGCAUCUUGAGCAGGAUAGGGAAGUUGGUUUUACACAAACACACUCACACACACACACACACUCCUUGCCUGCAGGAGCUCGGACCUCAAUCCUGGGGGUCUGAAGCCAGAAUAUUUUCCUUCUGCCAGAAAAGAAUCCUCCAUAUAUGCUUCUAAGAGCAUGCAUUUGUGGCGCGCGGCAAGACAGAGCUAAAGGCUACUUUCCAGCACCCAAGACCCAUCCCAUUUAAUGCAAGAACCAGAAAAGACGUGUUCCAGGCCAUUAGUGAAUGAUGUCAUGUUUGGAGAAAGACAACAACACCAAUAAUGUAACAUUUUUUAAAAGGCAGAAUCCAAUCCUCGCUUUUAUUUCCAUUGGAUGCUUUUUCUAACCCUAACCCUGGGUCACCUAAAAUGAAGAUCUUGAUGAAUGAUGUUUGAUUUUAGAACAUAUGCUGGUUAUGUAAAAACUAAACAUUUGCCUUUUGUAAAGACUGAAAAAAUAUGAAUCUGUAUUCUAACCCUGAUCCCUAAAACUUGCUGGGCCAUGGUCCAAGUAUCCUUAUUGGCUACUGAAGAGAUAGAAAAGGUGUUGGCUUUUUUUUUUUUUUUUUUAAAGAAGACCAAUGUCAUAGUUCUGUCUUAGUAGUACAGCAUCUGUAACCAUGUUUUAAAAGUUUGUUUUAGCCUAGAGAUGGAUCAUACAAGUUCAAUGAUGUACAGUGUGAUUGAAAAGACAGCUUGGUGUCUAUUUCCUUCUUUUUAAAAUACCUGAAUGUGUGUUUGUAAUAUGUAAAGGUAAAGGUAAAAAAAAAAAAAAAUCAUAGUGCCAAAAAAUGUAUGAGAAUCUCAUCACAGUUCAUAUAUGUCUGUUUUUAUAAGAUCAAUAUUAAAACCCAUUGGGAUUAAAUAUUUUUGAAUAGGAUACACUCUUGAGAAACUUGAGAACGGACUAAGCCUUCCUACAAGCCACUCUUUGUUUUUAAAACAGUGAGGAAAUACGUUUACAGAGAUUGUGAGCUUCAGAGAAUGCAUGUGACGGCGUGGAUUACAUACUAAUUCCUAUGAGCUGUAUCUGUCAGCCACCACCUUGUGCUUUAAAGAUGCACACACUCGGCCCUCUUUGGCUUGAAGCUCCGUUUUUUGCUUUGUUUUUGUUUUUUUGUAGAAUUAUUUCGCUAACAAAUAUUCUGAUCACUCCCUGAUAACCGUCCUUACUUAGUGUCAUAGAUGCGCUUUAACUGUGAUCUUUGGAACUAGCUCUUUGAAGAGCCCACAGAACCUCAGGCUGAUAGCUUUGAAAACUGCCAAACAGCCCGGAAGGAAGCAAAGUAACUGCAUAACCAGGAUGGUUAUGUAAGAGGAAGUGAUUUGGCAAACAUGCAGGUAGCUUUAGGCUGAGGCAUGAGCCUCAGGCCAAAGGGCCCUUUCCUUGGUUGCUCAAGGUCAUUCGAAGGGCAUGAACUUGGUGAGGCGUGCUGGGUCAUAUGAGGUCAGAUAUUACUGAGUUGUUCAGCAACCCCAAAGGUAGGCUUUCUCCUGGGAAAUUUUCAUUUUAUCACCAAACAGAAUUAAACGCAAAACAAACUUUCUAAGCUAGAAUAAUGAAAUUGAGUCAUUUUCCACUUUGUAUAUAUUGAUGCUAAUAAAACAGAUGAAAAAUA